AUGACUCCUCGACAGCUUCUCCUUGUUUUGCUCAUGGCCAUGGCCUCUUCGACUUUGGCAGGUGGAGCGACGCGCAAUCUCGACAACUCGGAACUACUGGAUGGCGGCACCGAUUGCUGUCCCUGUGAGGCGGGUACGCAUGGAUUCUCAGAGGGUACCGAGCUCUGUCGAGUUGUGGAUUACGACAUGCCGGAUUUCCCCAACUGUAUGCCGGCAGACCUCACCGAUGACUACGAUGACACAUUUGAUGAACAUUGGGAUCCCAACGAACCCGACGCUAGCCUCGGCUGGAAGGACAGCUCUUGUCAUGACGACAGCCAGUAA